AUCUUUCCACAGACUCAAGAGGCCUGUUUACCUCAAUCAUGGAGUCGUCCUCAAAGGGUCUGCUCACCCAGGUUACUCAGUUCUGGAACCUCCUAGAUGAUCUGGCUGAAACUAAUCCUGAGAGCUACGAGAAGUUCAUUCAACAGCAGCUGAAAGAAGGGAAACAGCUCUGUGCCACCCCAGAACCACAGCUCUGUCUACAAACCAGGAUCCUGAAACCAAAGGAAAAAGUACUUUUUAUUAAUCUGUGUCAGUGGAAAAGGAUCCCAGCUCCCCAGUCAACCACUCAUCCAGUACCUCUAAGUGUUGGCAGACCAGAAGAUAUGUCUGAGACAUCAGAUGUUUAUACAGUCAUCGAUGUUGCCUACAAUCCUGAUGUUCUCCAGGCAGCAGAAAAGGACCAAGUGAAAAAAGAUCAAUUAAUACGGAUGACCAUGAAAUGCAUUGAGGAACAAUUCCAGUUCACUCUCUCAUACUCUUACAGUAUCACUAAAUUUAGAAUAAAAGGAAGCAUUCAAAGGAUGAAACAAAAUCUGAUGGGAAUGCAAGCUGACCCCACAGAUUUAAGAGAGAAAAUGAGAAAGGAACUAACCCCUGAACAGAUAAGUAGGACUGUGAGCAAUUCAGAUCACUUUCAGCUUUUAUUGCCAAAAGGUGAAGUUUCAAGUAAAACACGGUGUCUGAUUGAGGAGAUUUCCAGUACAGAGAUCCAGGUAGAGAUGAAGGAACCAGCCUAUGAAUUAAAAAUUGUGGCUGACCAGAAUGAGAAGCCUCUGGAAAUUGAAAUAAAAGUUGAAUUACCUGGUAUUAAUUCAGUAUCUCUCUGUGAUCUUAGUGUUUCUGAGGAUGAUUUAUUGAUUGAGGUCUCUGAGAAGUACAGAUUACAUCUGAAUCUUCCGGAAUCUGUGGAUACUGAAAUGACUACAGCCAAAUUUAUCAAAGAGAAAGCUACCUUAAUCGUCAUAAUGCCAUUGGUGUAAGUCAAGAGCAUCAUCUGCUUUGGGUUUUCAGUAAAGGCAUGUGAAUGAUAGGACCUUCAUUAUGGGUGAAGAGGUAGUGGUUUACCUUAAACACUAGUAUUUUCUAAGAGUUCUUUUUGAUGGAAUGAGAUUUUCUCAUCAACUUAAUGUUUAUCUUUUUUAAUUUUCUCCUCAAACUUGGCUAGAAGCAGAAACUAUUAAAAACGGUAUUGCCGUGAUAUACUUGUUUUGAAGCUAAUGGUCUUAAAGUAACAAAUUGUCACUUGGGAAAAUUCUAUGUUUCCAAGUAAAUUGUGAAAAUUCUUG